GAUUCGUUCCCCUCGAAAUUUAGUAAGCGAACGGCUCUCAACGGCCACGGACGUGUUUUCAAUUCUCGGUACGCUCUCUCUCGUCCGAGACGCAAAGACUACACAGUACACGCAAGACACAUAAACGUAUAUAUACAAUAUAUAUGUGUAUAUAUGUAUAUAUACGCAUAUCCUCAACUUUAGACACAUUUAUCCUAAACAAGACACUUUUAAAAAAUUAAUCUUUUCGCAAAACCGAGAAAGAAAACGAUCAGUAUACACAGUUCACACAACACUAGCACCAGUACACAACAUCUAUUGAAAAGAGAUCAUAUUUUGAGAGUUACAAGUUUGUUUUCAUUCCAUCCACUGUGGCUUUAAUCAUUCAAACUGGAUUCCAACAAGCAGUACGUGUCGCGAUUACAUCGCGGCUACCGGAGGCUUAAGAAAUUAUUCAAGCGUGUGGCGAACCAGGCGCUUACCGUUUCGCCACAGCCGGCAGUUACGGUGGAGGGGCCGGUGUCAAAAAUGUCUCCACCAACGAACGACGUGACCAAUGGGGUGGUGGCGCCGCCCAAUACCCUGGCGCCCCGGGUCAACACCAUCAACCCGGCCCUCGGCAUCAACCUACCGACACACAAACGCAACCCCAAGGACUUUAUAUUCGGCAAAGUCAUCGGCGAGGGCAGUUUCUCGACCGUCUACCUAGCCAAGGACAUCCACACGAACAAGGAAUACGCCAUCAAGGUGUGUGACAAGCGGCACAUCAUCAAGGAGAGGAAGACGGAAUAUGUGAAGCGGGAGAAAGAAGUGCUGAACAUGCUGGCUGGUGCGAAGCACAGCUUCGUCCGGUUGUUCUGCACCUUUCAGGACCUGGACAGACUCUACUUCGUGCUUUCCUAUGCGAAGAACGGUGAGCUGCUACCGUAUAUCAACAAGGUGGGCAGCUUCGACAUCGAGUGCACGAAAUUCUACUCGGCUGAGAUUCUGCGCGGUCUCGAGUACCUUCAUGGUCUUGGGAUCAUCCACCGGGAUCUCAAACCCGAGAACAUUCUCCUAGACGAGAAAAUGCAUGUUCUCAUUACGGACUUCGGUAGUGCCAAGAUCCUCAAGGACGAUCCGGAGAAGCUGAGUGCCUCCGAGAAUGAACAACAUACGGAGGAACAGCAGGAUUCCCAACAACAGCAACAUCAAAGACAAAGAGAGUACAAGCGGGAGCGACGAAACUCCUUCGUCGGCACGGCACAGUAUGUGUCCCCCGAAUUGUUAACUGACAAAACCGCCAGCAGAGCCUCAGAUUUGUGGGCCCUUGGAUGCAUUGUUUACCAGAUGGUCGCCGGUCUACCACCGUUCCGAUCGCGGAGCGAGUACAUGAUCUUCCAAAAGAUCAUGAAGCUCGAGUACGAGAUCCCAGAUGGUUUUUGCGAUCUUGCACGAUCACUGGUUAGCCAGUUACUUGUCCUUGAGCCCACGGAGAGGUUAGGUGCCCUUGAUGAGCACGGUGCGGGUUAUCCUAGUAUCAGAGCGCAUGACUUCUUUAAGGGCAUGGACUUUGAGACAUUGCACGAACAGACGCCACCGCCAAUCUACCCUUAUUUACCUGGCACCUCGGAGCACGAGGAGCUCAGAUCACAGUACAGGGUUCCUGAUCACCUGGAACCUGGUCUCGACGAUAAGCAGCUCACGCGGCUUCUGGGUUUGGGCAUCGGCGAAGAGGAAGAGACCGAAGAGGAUGAAGCAGAGGAAGUUGAAGAAGGAGAAGAGGAGAAGCAGGUGCCAGUAGCUGGCGAGGAAGAACAAUCUAAGGAAAAGAAAACGAAGUCAAGAACGAAGAAGAAGAAAGCCGAACCUGUAACAACCGUCGUCGAGAAAACGUCGAGAAGAAAGAGGUGUGGAAUUGCCGAUCUGACGGAGGAGGAGAUUAGAAAAAGGCUCGAAAAGCAGAGAGCAAGUAAUCCAUGGGACAGCUUCGUAGAGGGUAACUUGAUAGUCAAACAGAAUUUCGUCAAUAAGCGAAAAGGUCUUUUCGCUAGGAGAAGGAUGCUCCUCCUUACCACUGGACCGCACCUCUAUUAUGUUGAUCCUGUGAACAUGGUGCUCAAGGGUGAAAUACCUUGGAGUCCUGAACUCAGGGUGGAACCCAAGAACUUUAAGAUCUUCUUUGUGCACACGCCGAACAGGACUUACUACCUAGAGGAUCCCGAAGGAUUUGCCCUGGAGUGGUGUCGAGCAAUCGAGGAGAUGAGAGUACAUUGUUACGGAUACCAGGAGUCGUAAACACCAUUAAAAGCACAUACUAAAACAAGGAUCUACCGGGAGAGAGAAAGAGAUAAGAGGUAUUACCGAGAACAAGUGAGGGCGGUAUACACAGCAAGAAGAGUUAAAGAGAAGAAUCAAAGUGAAACAGAGUGAAAAAUGUCGAAAGAAAACAUUUGAAUGAAACAAAGAAAUCUCAGAACUUUUAAAAGACUUGAGAGUUUCGCGAGUGAUGUCCUCUUAAAAAGGAAAUCGUAUUUUCUUAGCUAACAAAUUAAUAUAAUUAACGUCUUGAAAUCACAGAAGAAGAUUAAAUAUGAGCGCGCAAGGAACCUUGGCGGAUGGACUUAGGAAAAUUUUAGAAUACUUCAAUGGUCCAUCCAAAAGGCACAUUUCGAGACUAGGACAUUAGGAAAGAAGCAGAGAGAAGGGAAAAGAAAAAAGAGUCAAAAAGGAAUGAUUAAUGAAAAGGGCAAUGGGUAGGACUUCUUAACGAGUAACAAGAUGUUAAGAAGUACGGUACUUGUUUUUCACGUUUGACAACCGAGCACGUAAUAAGAUCAAUAGUUAGAUGAUGUAGGGUCAAUUUGUAGCUUAAAAAAAGUGUUUUGCAAACGUGCGAGAAGCAUCAUAACUUAGAGGGUGAAGGUCGAAGAGAAAGGAGAAAUCACAGAGAAUCCUCAUAAGGAAACAAUACGGCGGACAAGCAUUAGCAAUUUUAAUUUGACGUCAUUCAAUUUCUCAUUUUCAAAUGAGAUUUCCAUUUGCCAAUUCACCAAAUGAAAUUUCAACCCCCUGUACAUAGUAGCGCGUAAACAUAUAUAAGAAUCUUGCUUGCCUUUAAUAACAAGCCUCUUGUACAUAUUUAUAUAUAAUUAUUGAAAUUUCGUAUACAUACGUAAAAUUUUCCUUUACUAAUCAAUCGUGCGCCAUUUCUCUAUUCUCUUCAACCAUUCGCCAUCGUUAUUUGCCCUUUAGACCUUGCGCCGCUUUUCUCUCUUUAUUCUUUUCUCUUCAUUGAGCUCGCGUGGCACGUGCCUCUCGCCAAAUCUGUCGGAAGACGAAAGAAGAUUAAACGAUAAAUUAAAGUGAUUCUGACGAAUAAGAAAAGAAGCCGAUUUCGCGAACAAUGAUCGGACUAAGAUAUGAAAGGGUAAAUAAAAUCGGCAGUGACUAUAUAGGAGAGCGAGUUUCAAAAGUGCGAGACGUCAAAGUAAUACAGUAAAUACGAUAUAUACAAUAUAUAUAUAGGGUGUUGAAAGCCGAAGGGUAGCUUUUAACCCUGGAAAAGACUUGACACACUAUAGCAUACAGUAUGCGAAAUUGUAACGAUAAAUAGCCGAUAAAUUAAUGUACUGUGUUUGACAUGUGCGAAUGUGUUGUGAAUGCGCAAAAAAAUGUCUUUCGAGAAUUAUGCGUAGUUCGUUCAAUUAUUCACUGUUCUGUUUUCUCACUGAGCAAAUUCAAACUCAUUGAUGUACGUUUGUUGUUUGUUUGUUUCUUUAACUUAAUUUAUUCGAUCAAAGUAUCGAUCGUUCCUUUUGUUCUAUUGUUCGUUCACUUAACUUAUAUCAAUUUAACGAGACGCUAUUUAUUUCAUUAGUUCGUUGCCUCAAACCAUGAGAGAAUCAUCUCUAGAGCGCAUGAAAGUAAGUGAGACUGAAUUGUAUAAGAGAGAGAGAGAAUAUAUAUAUAUAUAAGAGUAUGAAUGGGUUAUGAGAGAAAGGGAAGGAAAGUGAGUGAGAGAGAGAGAGUGAGUCUGUGUGUAUGAUGAAACGUAUGCGACGUAAGCAAUGCAAGUGUUCUUCUCUUUCUUUUGUUUUCUGUAUUUUUCUCUAUUUACUAGAAAGACGAGAUGAUACAGAGAAUAUAGAUGAAUCUAGAUUGAUUAUAAUUAGUAGAAUGCUACCAGCACUGCGACUAUUUACCAAUACCCGUAAUACCAAUUGGCGCGUGUAAUCUGUCACUCGUUACGUUACGAAUUUAUUAGCAGGUACGUGAAGAUGUAUAAAGACGCAUAUAUAGAAUCGGGAUAGAAGAAGAAUGCGCGCUUCACCCUCUACUGUAAAUAUAGAAAGUGUACUUUAAUAGGGGUUGAAAGAAAUGUAGGAGCAAAGAAAGGUGAGGCGCGACGUAGAGCGUUGCAGGAGAUAGAAAUUAAAGUUCUUUUUUUUUCUUUCGAGAAAAAGUCGCCCGUCGCCAUUCUGUACAUUAUCUGUACAUUACCUAUAUAUAGGCGUUAGAUACUUAUGUACAUGAAUACAUGUAUAAAUAUAUAUUUAUGAAUUGUGAAUAUUAGUUAGAUAGGUAAACAAUAUUGUAUAAAUGUUUGUAGCUCUUAGUAUUGCUAGGUUAAUUCUGACACACGCGGUUAUACGAAAAUGGUCAGUGCGUGAGACACGUGCGCAUUACGGAGACAAGUAACACGUACUGACUGUGGGAUUUGGGGGGAGGGGGAGGGGGGUAAAUAAAUUUGGAAAAUAAAUGGCGGGCGACUAGUCUUUCGGCAAAAUUUUGCAAACCGAUCGGCCUCUUGUUAUCUAAGAUUCUGUUUGGGAAGCAUAUACAGCAACAGACUUAAACAGGGUAUUUAUCUUUAAAAUGAUUGCGAGAGAUUCAAAAGGCAAUGCAUAGCGUGGGGACGUCCUACACUGCGUGUACUUCGAAAUAAUCGGCGGAUUCCAGUGUGCCCUUAUAGUUCCUUACUUCUCUUUGAUCUUAUCCGUCCUACAGCUUUUGUCUUUUUAUUCUUCCUUUAUCUUUGCCUGGGAUCAGUCGGUUGUCCUCGGACCCAGUGGCUUUGCCAAAAUGACCGCUUUUGGUGGGCUACGUACGGAACGAGCGGAGAUGCCGCAGUAGUUAGAAAAAAAUAUUUAUAAUUAAUUUUGAUAUAAAAAAUAAGAGAGGACAUCCUUACGCUAUCAUAGACUCGAAGAUAUCUUGUAAGCGUUACCAGGGUUCAAUUGUAUUUUUCUCUUUGCUUGGUUCUCGUUUGUUCCAUUCUUUCGCGUGUUUUGUUCCGUUGUAGUUUGUAAGAGUAAAGGAUGCUACAAAGAGAGCCAUAUAUUCUCUCUCGCUCUUCACUCUCUUGCGUCCUUUCUCCCUCUCUCGUACCUCAUGCAUUUCCCUCGGGUAAAGGUGAGAAACUUUGGCCGAUCUACGUUUUAUGUAGAUCCUCGCAAACUUUCAACCCUAUGCUCGAGUUUAGAAAGUCUCAAGAGAUUUCUGGUUAUUUGCCAGAUACCAGGGAGAAAGAGAUGAGCGAGUGAGCGAGUGAGAUAGAAGAAAAUAGUUACAGUGCAGGAACGAAAAUUGUCGUGUCUUGCGCCGAGAUUAGCCAAUUAUUUAUAACAUACUAGAAGACGUUUAUUGGAGUGCAAAGUGAAAAAUACUUAACGGUGAGAUACAAAAGGGAAGGCAUGGAUGUAUAGGAAAAUUAACGUGAAAGGUCCACUGAUAGAAAUUCUUGAAAGGAAAAAAAAAAUGUUUAAUCGUGGAUCUUUCUCACUUAUACAGUAAUUAAAAUUAUAGAAGACGCGAGAGACAGAUACAUGCGUCUAGGCAUCCUGUAAAUUUACGUACAUAUAUUGUAUAUUCUUAUUCCAAUAUACUCUAUGUGCACGUUUAUGCGUUUCUGUAUGAUAAAGACGAUGGAUAUGAUUUAACUAACGCAGUUGCCUAUCGUUUCGCGAAGACGACGAAGAAUACACUUAUAACUAUUAAUCGCAGUAUUACUAAAUAUACGUAGUACAUACUACUAUCACACAUUACAUAAAUAAACACACUGACACAUCACCACAAACCAAGAACCAUAGGCAGUGACAGACAGACGGGCCCUUGAAAAUAAGAAGACUCUGUAAAUAGUUAGUACGUAAUUACCAUAGAUUAUAAAGAAGAAAACCUAUUAACAUUAACAUCAAAUUUAUUUAUAGUAAAAUUUCCGAAAUAUCGCAUUA